CACCGGCGGUGGCGGUGGCGACGGCGCGGGCCGUGCUGCUGGUGGUGCUCCUCCUGCUCGCCGGGGGCUCCGCGGGCGCGUCAAAGCCGGCGCCGCCGCCGUGUAGCCGGUCGUGCGCGACGCUCAACUGCGACUCGGUGGGGCAAGUUGUGCGGCGUGGGGUGGAGCGGGUGCGAGGGGGAGGACCCCUGCGACGACCUCGACGCCUGCUGCCGCGACCACGACAAGUGCGUCGAAAUUAAAGGUCUGAUGAGUAUCAAAUGCCACGAGAAGUUCAAGAAUUGCAUGAGGAGAGUGAAGAAGACUGGGAAGGUCGGCUUCUCCAAGAAAUGCCCAUAUGAAUUGGCUAUGGCGACGAUGACUCAGGGGAUGGACAUGGCGAUCAUGCUCAGCCAGUUGGGCAGCCAGAAAUUGGAACUGUAGCACAAGUACUCGACACAUUCAUUCCUCGGUUCAUACAAGGUUGACUUCCUUUGAUGAUUAUACUGUAAUUUUACUUCUGUUGGUAAAAUCGCAUUGUUUUGGGCAGCCAUAGAGAUAAUUUUAGGUUGCUGCGCUAUUUGUAGCAUAUAAAUUCCAUAUAAUAAAUUCCCAGUCUGCCAUGUAAUCUGCCUCGGCUUUUUUAUUUUUUUGUAAACAGAGUUGCCAUAUAAUAGAAUUGAAAUCUCAUCAUUCGGCAAUUUGAGAAUAUCUCUUACUU